AUGUACGUAUUUUUGCAACGGAUGUCGUUGGCGGUCAAUGACGUUGAUAACAUAGGUUUGCGUGCAUCGGCGCGAAAACACGCCAUCAAGAUAUCGACAUUGAAGGAUCGAUGCGCCGGAAGCCACGACAUCAACACAUCACAUCAGAAAGAACUGUCACUAACGCCGGAGCAGGAGGAAGACCUAGAGACUUAUAUUAUCGAUCGAGAGAAGGCUUUUCAGCCGUUAUCGAAGGCUGAGAUACGGGGCUUUGCACAGCAGUUAUCAGAUGUCAAUGGGCAGAUACCGUAUAUCGGCAAGAACUGGGUAGACAGGUUCUUCACACGACAUCCUUCCAUACAAAAGAAGGCUACGAAGGUCUUCGAAGCAGCUAGGAAACGCUACGUAACGAGAAAAACCCUUACUGAGUACUACGAUGGCCUCCAUUGGGUCAUUAACGAGAAAAAUAUCACACGGCAACACAUAUACAAUGUCGAUGAAAACGGCAUGCAACUGGGGGAAACCAGAGCCGGCAUAGUAGCCGGGACAGUCAUGACAAUAAGGUCUGAGGUUAUCAAGUCAGAUAAUUCAACUUGGGCUUCAGUUGUUGAGUGUAUAUCAGCAGAUGGUCGCCGGCUUACACCCUGUGUCGUAUUUACUGGAAAAAACCUCCAAGGACAGUGGUUUCCUAACGUUUUUCCCAACUGGAAGUAUGAGGCAAGUCUCUCGGUCGAUGUGAGGAAGGCGAUAGAGGCAUUGAAGCCCAAGGAGAGAAAACGCAAGACCUUUGAGGCACCUACAACACCAAAGAGGCCACAAGUAACUGACGAUAUGACCUGGAGUACGCCUCAAGGAAGUGCCGAUAUUCAAAAACAACAGAAAGCUGCCUAA